GUUCGAUCCUCUCGUCUAAACUGGGCGUUCGCGCGCAUGGUCAGAGAGUAAAGCGGCAUACACCGCACCAGCAGCAGCGGGCACCACGUGAACGGACAUUACUGAUUCUUAAGCCUGUCGACACACCAAUAAUAGUGGAGGUGAUAACGACCCCGGUGAGUGGCUUUGCCCUACAGCUCACUCUGAAGCAUAGAAGCCCAAGACAGCGCCCCACCGUACCAGCGCCGGUCCUAGGCAGCAAAGCAAAACCAAUGAGACACCCUCUCAGCCGCCCCACGAUCCGAAAUGAGAUGGACACUCACUCACCAAGCGUGAGAACCACGGAUUGGCAAACUACCGCCAAGCUGGACAGAACAAUAAACCCAGAGGCCGUCAG